CGUUGAGGUGGUGGGAGCGAGAGAACCCGAGCGGUUCGCGGUGUCGGCGACGGAGACGCGGUGGUGAGGCUCGAGCGCGGCCGCGCGGAGCGGAGCGGAGCAGAGCGGGGCGAACGGAGGACGAACGGACGGGCGGACGCGGGCGAGAGAAAGAGAGAGGGAGAGUGUCGCGAGCGUGUCUAACCUAGGAUAGCGGCGUUUAGUAGCGGCUAGGCUAGGCUAGGCUAGGCAAACCGAGACUCGCCGUUCGCGCGUCGCGUUCAGUAUUCCGCGCGCGCGCUCUCUGCGACCGAGGCCUCUGUCUUCUCUGUCUCUCUGGUGCGCGCGCCUUGUGUGAUACGCGGUGCUAGAAUCGUGUUCUUCUCCAGCGUCGAAAAAAGAUAAAAAGAAAAAAAAAGUGCGAGAGAGAUAAAAGAGUGAGGCGGUUUCGCCUAUUUACGCGCUCCGUGAGAGCGGCGUGAGGCAAACUAGGGAGAAAGAAAAAAAAAAGGAAUUAUCGGUGAAUGUGUUAUCCCGGAGUGACCGAGGACACGUGUCAGGAUCAAACAGUAUUUGCAGUGCGGGAUAAAAUUGCGUUAGCAAUAGAAUUCAGAUAUACGUGAUCGCCGCGUAAAUUCGUUUAAGUUUAGACACAGAAAGUUAAUAGAAGGUGAAUUUUCUUGAACUGUCGUAUCGUUUGAAAGUAACGCAUAACAGUGUUUAAUUCGAACUAGAUAGAUUUCUACCACUUGAUCGAAUUGUGAUCAAAGUGAAUUUUAAUUAUCCACUCGUGACGGUGAUUUAAUAAGAAUUCAAUUCCCGCAUCGAUGACUGUAUCGGACUUUUGUUCUGUAUUAUUAAGCACGUGAUACCAUUUGUCGAAGUGAUUUGAAAGACAAAUCGGAGUUUCUCCGAUUCGCGUGAUCUCUUCAAGAAUCGAGAUCCGUAAACGCGAUAGUCAGUGUCGUUGCUCCUUUUUCGUGUAGUCUUCCGAGCGAGAGAAGAAGAGAGAUAGAAAGGGAGACGGAAGACGUGCGUGCGUGUGGGUGGGUGGACGCGCGUGGCCGCGUGCGUGCGCCGUGCACGCGCGUGAUGUAAGUCGCAUGGACUGUCGCAACUCGUGCCGGAUAAACAAUCGCGGCGGAUCGGCGCCCGCUCGCGCAUCGGAAGAAAAAUCGUCGCGAGGGUGGGAAGACCGUCGCGGAGCGAGGAAGGGAAACGUUGCCUCGGUGGGUACAGUGAGUGCGGAAGGAAUCAGGUGACGGGAAACAGGCCCCGGAGACGUUACUGCUUCACUUCCUUCUUCCUGAGUUCCGCGCGUAGCUAGACGGAACGACAGGUGAACAAUAGCGCGCAGAAAAGGAACAACCGAGCCAUCUGGGUGCGGCACAGGCGGAAGGCGAAAGAGGCGGGGAAGUCUCGGAGGUGGUUUUAGAUGUUAGAAGGCGCGGGGGUGGCUAAAGUGGCCCCGCCGCUGGGUACGGGUCCCGAUGCCGGUCCCCGUAUCGCAAACACCCACAUUAAGCUCCACCCUCGUGCCCAAGGAGGAAUCAAACAUGCCCUUCAUAGACGACGAGCUAUUCUGGUACUCUGACAAUGACGGAAAGAUGGAUUUAACCCAAUGCCUUCAGCAGAGCAACACGGGUCAGCCGGUAGAGUUUUCGGAGUUGAGUGCUCUGGCUCUAGAAACACCGACGGCAUCAAAUGUGCCGGCGGGGGAAGGCGUGGGUAUGUCCGGUGUUACAGGGGAGGAACUAUUCGAUCCCCUGGACUUCCUACGGGAACUCGAGGCAGAGACCAGCCAACCCACCUCCACCACAAUGCCUUCUUCCUACAAGAGACAGAGGCACAACAUCGCCGCCGCGAAUCCUCUAUUAGCAGAAAAAUUAGCAGCGCCUUCGACGCAAGCGUCUCCAACUUCCAUCCCUUAUGCCUCAAGGGCGGAAAUCAAGACGGAGAACAUCCAACCCGAGACGAGUAAGGUGGACACCAGGGAAGUGCAGCCACAUGACCCGAGCGAGAAAGAACAGCUGGGCCUCGCGAGUGUAAAAGUGGAGCCGGGAUCCACCAGCGCGACGACCACCAGUAGCACGGGGACCCGUCUGCUCCACGGUAUCCUCUCCCAGCAUCCCCAGCAGCAUGGCCUGGGGCUGCAAAAUGGAUACGGCCGACACUUGGCCGGUCACGCACAAAUGGGCCAACCGCCUUACACCACUGCCGCUAUCGCCACGACGAGUACGCCAGGAAGCGGAUCACUGCCAGCGAGCCCAGCGGACAGCGGAGUCAGCGACGUCGAGUCCAGCACGUCCUCCGGCGGCAACGAGGACGCGAAUCUCUUACUAAAAGCCAGGCUCAAUCCUAAUUCGUCUCUCCAGCCGAGUCUGGCGUCUCAUCACUCCCAUCUGUCGUCGGCAGCACUCGGCAGAACGGCCUGCCACAGCCCCGGUGUGUACCCGGGGUCGACGGCAAGCUUCCUGUCGCCCACCUAUCAUCCUCAUCAGCAUCAUCCCUCCCAGUAUCACCCACAUCGGGGGAGCUCGCCGCACCAUCAGCACAGCAACCACACCAUGGGUCCGACGAUGGGGCCGCCCCACCAUCACCAUCAUCAUCAAGCGCAGGGUCUCCAGCAUCACUUACAUUACCGUCAGCCAUCCUCACUGUCCGACAGCUAUAACAAUUAUAUAAACAUGUACGGCGGGGGUGGACAAUUUGCAACUCCCUGCACCCCGAGCCCGCCGAGAGGACCCGGCGGUGUGCCCACCAGCGUGAUACAAGCGGCUACCAGCUCGGUCUCGGACGAUCUCUACCUUCUCGAGCUCGGCUUCCCGUCGCGCUCGAAGAAGAGCAAACUGAAGAAGCCGCGGCAGGGCGGCGAGGGCGGAGCCGCGGUGAAGCGGAAGUCGCGCGAGGGUUCGACCACGUAUCUGUGGGAAUUCCUGCUCAAGCUGCUGCAGGAUCACGAGUACUGUCCGCGCUACAUCAAGUGGACGAAUCGCGAGCGGGGCGUCUUCAAGCUGGUCGACAGCAAGGCGGUCUCGCGGCUCUGGGGCAUACACAAGAACAAGCCGGAUAUGAAUUACGAGACGAUGGGCAGAGCGCUACGCUAUUACUACCAGCGCGGCAUCCUGGCGAAAGUGGACGGCCAGCGGCUGGUCUAUCAGUUCGUCGACGUGCCGAAGGACAUCGUCGAGAUCGAUUGUACGGGUGCAUGAGACAGGGAGUCGGCUCGUCCCGCGGGGCACGAGAGGGAGAAGAAGGAGGAACAGCAGCACCAGCACCAGCAGCAGCACGGCGUUUCGGCGCGGGUCUCGCGUGGACGUCGACCAUCGCCAAUGUCGCCGUUGUCGUUGCCGUCGUUGAUACGGCGUUGUCGCGGACCCGUCGUCGCGGCGGCGGCGGUGGGGCUUCAUCCGCGCGAAAGAUCGCCGUUCAGCGGUUUUCUCCACCGAGACGCGCCGACCUGGCAUACCCCUCAGAUGUUGUAAAACGCGUUCUCUUUUUCUCCUUUUCUUUUCUCUCCCUCUCUCUUCCUGUCUGUCUCUCCCUACCUAUUCCUCUAUCCCUCUCUAUCUCUCUAUUUCCGUCUUUCUCUCUGGCUUCGUUUGUUCCUUGUAUUAUAUCUAUGUAAAUGUAUAUUAAGGCGCCGUGCGACGAUGUUGUCAGAGGUGGUCCCGACCCAGUACCUCGUCCUUCUCCUGCGGCCCGUUUCUUUUUCGCGUGUCCGAAUACCGCGUAGGAUCGGGACAGGACGGCGCCCGACUCGUUGAAAUUUGUACAAAAUUUAGUUUUUAACGUAUCGAGAAAGGAAACUAAAGAUUCUAUCUGGUGUACCUUGCGGGAGGGACGCCGUGGACAAAUUACUUAAGCAGCGAAGCAUCGGAAAGCGAAAAAUUGUAUAUUCGAAAGAGCGACAAAUUAUUUAUUGUAUAUUACACGUUUAUAUAUGUUACCUAAGAAAAUUGUUACGCGCGUAAUUCGCGCAAAUGGAAAACUUAUGGAAACGGACGAAAGUUACAAAAAAAAAAUGAAACGAAAUGAGGGCUGUGAAAAGGUUUACGAUACGGUGAAGAGAGAAGAGAAGAGAAGAGGAGAGGAGAGGAGACGAGAUGUGUAGUGGAACGGGAAAGGAUGAGAAGCGUCUCUUGAAGUUUCACGGAGCGAGCUCAGGGAGGGGUACACAUUAUAUUUUUUUAAGUAUAAGCGGAAGGGAUUGGCCCUUCCGAUUCGUGAGCUGAGGGUUCAACAACGCAAGGUGCUGGCUAAUAUACAUGCAACACACACACACACACAUACGAAACACACACUAUACACAUAUACACGCACACCGAGGUCCAAGAAAAUUAUUUAGCAACCUAGUGUUACUAAUUCGUAAAGAUUAUCGAUGCGGACGAUUAUAUCUCUCUGUAUAUAAAUAUAAAGAAUACUUUUAGUAAAAAAUAUAUAUAUAUAUAUAUUAUUGAAUAUUAUAUAUAUUAUAUAAAUAUAUCUAUUGUAUGUUAUGUAGUAAAAAUGAAGCGGUUUGAUGUAUCUCUAUGAGAUUUUGGCGUCACGACGACACACGCGUAGGGCGCUUUCAAUCUCGCGCGACGUCUCUUUCGAAACUUUCUAUACUAUCUAGUUUGUUCUUAUAUAUACAUUAUAUUGGGGACGAAUUUUAUACGUUUGAGAGCGCCGAUUUCGCGCUCGAGCCUUCUAAAGUCGCAGUCAUAACGCACAUAUAUAUACACGUGUAUUGCUGGUCUCACAUGCUCAGACUGAUCAGAGACGUCGCACGUUUAACACAGAGAAGCCCAACGCACGGGAAGCGUAAUAAAUAAAAUGCGUAACUCUAGAGUAAAAUUUAACUUAUUGGCGCCCCGGGACGCGUGACGCGCGCGAGUGCAAGUGUAUCCUAUAGUUCUAAGUUUUGUACAUAAAGAGGAAAUCGUCAAAAAUAUUAUUUACGUUUAGGAAGAACGUAACGCUGGUUAUCCUCGCGAUAAUUGUAUCCGCGGGAGAAAGUGAGAAACGACGGAAGGUGGAAGGAAAGAACGGACGAGGAGUGUCUAGCUAGAUUAUGCGCGACUACGUGGCCGAUCGCGACGCGCGUGUACAGGCCAAUUUGUCGCAUUACAGUCUCGGGAUAUAUGUAUAUGUAUGUGUAUAUAUAUAUAUAUAUAUAUAUAUAUAUAUAUAUAUAUAUAUAUAUAUAUAUAUAUAUAUAACCGGAGAAACGAAAUAUAUACAGUACAUUUGAACAGUGAUCCAGAGCUGCCAAUAAUGCCUGUAAAACGGUCCCUUUGCACUUGUCGUUCGAGUCGAUGUCCAUCGAGUCGAGCCUCACACGGUGCUGGUCAGAUCGAUCCGAUGUUUUUUGGGACACCAGAUAUACCGAUGAUACAAAGCAAAUUGCCUUCUCGUAUUAACAAAGACGUGUUGCCUUCUAACAAAAAAAAGAUGCAUAUAAAAGUUCUAGCGAUUUGUAUCGUAAAUGCCGUCACUUUGUCCAGGUACUUAAAAGCCCUUUACAUAUAAAGUCCUAACAUCGUUUUUGUGACGAAUUGAAUUUUGUAAUUUUAUCAGCGAAAAGUUCUUUGGUACGUGGUGACUUUUAUCGUACUUCGAAUACAAUGUAUCGGCGGGAAAUAGUAAUAAUAUUAAUAAUAAUAUUAAUAAUGAUAAAAAAAGGAAGGAUAUAUCAGAGUACAAUGGACAAAAGUACCUAUAGUAUACCACUUCUAUACAUGAUAACGGACACUUAUAAACAAUGAAUGGACACUACAACAGAAAUCCUAUUUUUAGGUAAAUUAAAUUUACAUAUACAUAACAAUCCACUACACUACGAGAUAUUUUAACAAAUAAGACUUUACUAUAAUAGAGAUAAAUACAUAAUUAUUUACCUGUAAAAUAUAUGAAAACACGAUGGAUUGACGUAAGGAACUCUAAUGUAACGUUCUGUGAUUCGUUGUUUGUAGGUGAAAUUUAAUAAAAGAUUAUUGUAUCAUAAUAUA